AUGGCCACCAGAGGCUAUCCCCCGCAGCCUCAUCACUACCAGCACCAGCCGCCGCCUCAACGGCAACAUCAGUAUGAUCAGCGAACUGGUCCACGAUGGCAAGAACCUCCCCAGCAGCAGCGAAUGCCACCUCCGCGGCAGCAGCAACCACCGCCACAACAGUACAAUGGGUAUCAAGACCAGUAUAGUUAUCACGGUGGUUACGGAGGCUACGAUUCAGGCUAUGAUCAACAGAGUUACUAUCCAGAUCAAUACCAAAAUCAGAAUUAUCAAGACCCAUAUCAGUACAAUGACCAGUACUAUCAAGAUCCAAGGGGACAACCGCCACCUGAGCGACAAUACCACUACGACGAGCGGUAUCACCAGCAGAAUCAGGGCAGACAGACUCCGGCGGAUGGUCGGGGUUAUGAUACACAGCAACACCCGAGAGACCCGAAAGACCGGCAAAGACCCCCUCAGCUAGAGCAGAAAAAGCAGAAACCACGCGAGCGCAUACUCACAGAUGAGCCUGAGUCUCCUAAGGUUUUAGCUUGGGAUAAUCCAUUUGGUGCAUUUCCUGCAAAGAAGGAGAAAGAAGAGAAGAAAGAGAAGAAAGACGACAAAAAUGCCAAAGGCGAACAACAUCAACUACGUGAGAGCUCGGAUUCUAAACAGCAACGCAGCGGAGGAUGGGAUACCCGCGAUCGCCGCGGUGAUCAGCAAGAGCCGCGUCCCAACACCUCUCAUGGUCAGCAAAGAUAUCGCGAUGAACCUCAGAGACCCAACACGUCCCAUGAUCAGCGAGCGCCGGGGCCGCCCGAGCAAGCUCCUAAUUUCGAGCGAGACGACAUGCUUUGGAAGCGCCGGCAGCUUGAUGCUGUAGGACCCUCUACCACAGUUGCGCCUCUUCGACCUCAAGUUCCACCAGCGACUUCCCUGCCUUCACGGCCUGUGCCUCAGCGGUCCGUCACUCAGCCUAAUCAGUCCAACACCGGUCCAGUAGCUGUCAACGGCUAUGACUACAAUCGGCCGACAAACGACAAGCAUGCCAUGGUUGGCGUCCGCCCUCCCGUUCGUCAAGCCAGUGAUAACCAAUAUGAUCGUGAUCCAAGCUACGCGCCCGUAUCACGAAGCCAGACAUACGAUCAGCAACAAGGCACGACUGAGAUGCCAAACUUUGAUGCCAUGGCACCGAACGUCGCUGAAACCUUGACCGGUCCAAAAACAGUCGAGACGCCGGCCUAUGCUAAGAAAUCGUACCAUACCUUGGCUGUUGACACGCAACCUCCCCCUCCACCGCCUGUACCUGCAGAAAGCCACGAGUCCCCUCUAGCACAAUUCACGUUCGAUCUGCCUCACAGCAAUUCUGCGCCACCGGCCAUGGAUCGGCUGGCCAGGUCUCCUGAGAAACAAAUGAUUUCGCCUGCCGGGCAUGAACAACAACCUUCUGCUACAGGUCGAUUCGAGAGCGCUGCAAAGAACCGAGGGCCAGGAGGCUCUGCUGGUCCUGGGCCUCGCGCCGCUGCUCCUUUCGACUACAACAACCCACCUCUUUCGCCACCCGUUCCUGCACAGAACAACCGGAAUUACGAUCCAAGAAUCGCUCCCCGAGGGGCGUCAAGAGAUCAAACUCAUAAUCCAGCAUCGCAGUAUCCCCCUCGAGGCGCUAGCCGACCCGAUCCAGUUACUACGCGGGAUCCCAGCGACCAGUAUUCGCAGCAAGAUUCUGGGUACUGGACGAUGAGUCCCGAUCAGAAGCAGAUGCAGCCGAAUCAGACUGUUAAGCGAGGUGGUCCUGGCUAUGGUCGUGGAGGGCCUGAACAGUAUGAUCGAGGCUAUGGCUAUGAUCCGAGCCUUGGUAAUCCGUACGAUCCGGAUCCGUACACUCAGCAAGAUGGAUAUGACCCGGUUCAACACGGCCAAGGCUAUGAUCGCAAAUCACCUCCUCAACAAGGAUAUCCUCCCGGCAACUACGCUCAAGGUAUGUCCCAACGUUCGGCAGCUUCGAACGCCUCUCACCCAGCACCCUUGAGAAGCUAUGGAGGCAGAGCGAGUGCCGAUGGUUCCCGUCCAGAAGUGCCCCCUCCCACUGGAGGUGGCUACGACCGUCCACCCCCUAUACGACCAGGUCUCAUGAAUAGCCAGCCACCUCCUCAGCCGCGCGGGUCAUCAGGAUCACCAAUGCAGCAAGUACCCGCACGUCCGCAACAGCAGAACAUGCCUCAGAGCAAUCUACAGGCGCGGCGCACUUCUGCUACUUCUGAGGAGAACAAGCCAACUGUGACCGUUGCGGAGCUUAACAGCAUGCGCGAGCAAUUCAAAGAGCAUCCCAACGACUUCGCCCUUGGUCUUCGUUUUGCCAAGAGGCUUGUUGAAGCGGCUAAGGUUCUGUCCAACGAGAACGGCCGUGCCGACCCGAAGCAAGUAGCCCGCAAUCGUGAACGUUAUAUCGACGAUGCGCACAAAGUAGUCAAGAAGAUGGUGAAUGCUGGCUCGACCGAUGCAAUGUUCUACCUAGCCGACUGCUAUGGUCAAGGCAGUCUUGGUCUCCCAGUUGAUGCCAAGGAAGCCUUCCACCUCUACCAGUCCGCGGCGAAAAUGAACCAUCCUCAGUCCGCGUACCGUGUUGCCGUGUGCUGCGAACUGGGCAAUGAAGAGGGAGGUGGCACGCGUCGGGACCCUAUGAAGGCCAUUCAAUGGUACAAACGUGCCGCAACUCUCGGGGACACUCCUGCUAUGUACAAGAUGGGUAUGAUUCAACUCAAGGGACUACUUGGUCAGCAACGCGACCCACGUCAGGCCGUUUCGUGGCUGAAAAGGGCUGCCGAGCGCGCCGACAAAGACAACCCUCACGCCUUGCAUGAGUUGGGCCUGCUUUAUGAAUCUGCCAAGCCAGAGGACCACAUCUUGCGGGACGAGCGAUACGCCUUCGACCUCUUCAGUCAGGCGGCCGAGUUGGGCUACAAAUACAGCCAAUUCCGCCUGGGGUCUGCUUUUGAGUAUGGCGCCUUGGGCUGUCCGAUCGAUCAGCGGCAGAGUAUUGCAUGGUACAGCAAGGCGGCUGGCCAGGGCGAGCAUCAAAGCGAGUUGGCGCUGAGCGGCUGGUACUUGACAGGCGCUGGGGAUCUAGUGAAGCAGAAUGACCAGGAAGCGUUCCUAUGGGCACGCAAGGCAGCGAGUAGUGGACUGGCCAAAGCAGAGUUUGCUAUGGGCUACUACUGCGAAAUGGGCAUCGGCACACGCGCGGAUCUAGAGGAGGCGAAGAGAUGGUAUUACCGUGCGGCGGCGCAGGGAUUUCCCAAAGCGAGAGAGCGGCUCGAGGAACUGAAGAUGGGAACGAAAGGGAAGAAGAAGGAGAUCCGGCGCAGUAAUGCGCGAGAAGGGGACUGCAUAGUAAUGUGA